UGCCCCAUCAUUGGUGUCAGUGGGAGGAAUAGUGUCCCAUCAUUGGUAUCAGUGGGAGGAAUAGUGCCCCAUCAUUGGUAUCAGGGGAGGAAUAGUGCCCCAUCAUUGGUAUCAGUGGGAGGAAUAGUGCCCCAUCAUUGGUAUCAGUGGGAGGAAUAGUGCCCCAUCAUUGGUAUCAGUGGGAGGAAUAGUGCCCCACAUUGGUGUCAGGGGAGGAAUAGUGCCCCAUCAUUGGUGUCAGUGGGAGGAAUAGUGCCCCAUCAUUGGUGUCAGUGGGAGGAAUAG